UAUAAAAUCAAGUCAUAGUUGUGAAACCAAACCACCCUUUUCCUUAAGCAGGCCUUGAGUUUCUAUUUCCAAUGGAGAUUCACGGAAAAUUUGAAGUCUACCUUACUGAAAGGAGCAUUGUCAAAGCUGUACAUCACUUGCCAAAGCCUCAAGUACUAGCUCUAUCAAACCUUGAUCUACUUUCUGGUCGGUUUCCAGUCACAUACUUCUAUUUCUUUCGGAAUCCUCAAGGUGUUAGCUUCCCCAUCAUCAUCGAGUCUCUGAAGAAUUCUCUUUCUCAAACUCUCAGUUACUUCUAUCCCUUUGCUGGCCGAAUUGUUGAAAAUCCUCACACUAGCGAGCCUGAGAUCAUUUGUGAUAAUAGUGGUGCUCUGCUUGUUGAAGGACAUGCUAAUAUUCCUUUAAUCAAACUAAACUUCUACAAUCUUGAUCAAUGUUUGAAAGGGAAGUUGGUUUCUAUCAACCCUGAUUUUCCAUUGCAGGUUCAAGUUACAACUUACACUUGUAGUGCCGUCUCAUUAACGAUCAGUUUUGACCAUGCACUUGGAGAUGCAAGUGCCUUCGGUAAAUUCCUGCUCUCAUGGUCUGAAGUUGCUCAAAACAAGCCAUUAUCUUGCAUACCUGACCACCGGAGAAAUCUUCAUCCCCGUUGCCCUCCAACUUAUCACCCUUUGUUGGAUCAACUUUUCGCCAAGUGCACCAUAGAAGACAUACUACACAUGCCAAUGACCAACAUCAUGCUUAAACGUCUUUAUCAUGUAGAUGUUUCCAGCAUCAACAGACUACAACAUGUGGCUUGCGAAAAUGGCAACAAGAGAACAAAAAUUGAAGCUUUCUCAGCCUACAUAUGGAAGAUUCUGGUUACAGCUAUUGACAAAAAGCACACAAAAUGCAAGAUGGGAUGGUUAGUAGACGGACGCGGUAGACUUUGUGGAACUCAAAGUUCAAUGUCAAAUUACAUAGGAAAUGUAUUGUCACUGGCUGUUGGAGAAGCAACUGUUGCAGAACUCAAGCAAGGGUCCAUAUCAGAUAUUGCAACCAAUGUGCAUGAUGCGAUAUCAAAAGUUACCAAUGAGAAGCAUUUCUUGGAUUUGAUUGAUUGGAUCGAGUGCCAUAGACCUGGUUUGAUGCUUGCAAAUAUAGUGUUAGGCCGUGGUGGUCCAGCCCUAGUCUUGUCAUCAGGGAGGAGGUUUCCUGUCAGUGAACUGAACUUUGGAUUUGGAAAUCCUGUGCUGGGCACAGUCUGUUCAACCAUAGAAAAAAUUGGAGUUGCCUAUGUUAAUCAACGACCCAGUGCCCGUGGUGAUGGAUCAUGGACCGUGUCUGCUAUCCUGUGGCCGCAACUAGCUUCUGCCCUGGAGUCGGACACCAUUUUUGAACCAAUGUCAGAAAGUCAUCUUCAAUUAUAGUGUAUAUUAGAUCCAUAAACAGCCUAAUUAGAAAGACAGUAUUAAACAAUGGGGCCAAGGAACUGUUCAAUGUAUAAUAUGUACCAAGUAGCAUCUGGCAAAGUCUGAUUCUGUACCUAGGCUUGAACAAGGAAAAGGUUGCUCUUUGUACCAACACCUGUACAAACUCAAUUAACCUAUACCACAAUACUCUCAUAAGUUGACACCUCUAAGCCUUUUCAAUUAA